UGGCUGCGACUCCUGGGAGGCCACCAGCACUGGAAGCCUACCACUGUAGGUGACCACCCCUAUAGAAGCCCACCAGCACUGGCAGCCCAACACCCCUCAGGUUCCCACCACCCCUCGUUUCCCACUACUCCUCUGUUCCCAUCACCCCAAGACCUCUGGGGCCAGAGAGGCAGGGGAUUGGAUGGGGUCCUGCCAGCUUGGCUCUUCCACCUGGCCCACAUCCCACGCUGAUGGGUGCCAGAGGGUGUUGCCUCUCGCAGGACGAUGCUGGCAGGGAUGUGGCUCCACGCACAUCCUGCACAAGGAGCUCUUGUCUGGCCACUGGCAGUGCUAACAUGGAGACAAGCAGUGCAGACACAGAAACAAACUGACCCUCCCACCCGUGUUUGCUUUGUGGGCUCCCUGUCGUGGCUGUCAGCCCUUCCCCACCCUGAGCCCACCCGCAGUGUGGAGGCGGUGGCACAAUGGUGACACACAGUGCCGACGUGUGGGGAUGUGCCGUGGGGCAGAGCCCAUCUCCCUCCAGCAGCACUGUGUGUCAGCUCUGCCCUUCGUUCCGUGUAACCUUGGGCUGAUGACAAACACGGCUGCAAAGCGCUGCCUGCCAGCCCCUGGGCAAUGAUUAAGCUGAAGGCAGAGGUGGGCAGAGGAGGGUUUGGGGAUGGGCACCGGGGUGGCCAUGUGGGGCUUUGGGUGAUGCUGGUGGUGGGGCCUAUGGGUGCUGCCUGCGUUCAUGGGAUCAUGAAUUCUAUAAGAAGCAUAGAACCAUGGGAUGGCUUGGAUUGGAAGGGACUACAAGGAUCAUCAGGUUCCAGUUUGGCAGGAAGGGUUUCUAACUGCUAGAUCAAGCCCAGCUCAGGCUGCUCGGGGCCCCUUCCACAUCCUUGAGCACCUCCAGGAAUGGGACACACCCACACCGACGGGUUGUGGGUCCAACCCACUCCAAAAUCUCCACGUCUUUUCUGUGCUGGGGGCCCCAGAACUGGAUGCAGUUGUUCAGAUGCCCUCUCAUGAGAGCAGAGCAGAGGGGGACAAUCCCCUCACCUGACAGCCAUGACUUUUCUAAUAUGAUGGAGAGCGGCUCAGCAACCACAUCAGCCCUGGGAUGCAUGUCAUCCAGCCCCAUAGACUUGUAUGCAUUCAUUCUCAUGAGUCAGUCUUGGACUUGCUCUGCCCUUACAGUGCGGGGGAAUUUGCUCCUCCAGUUCCCACCCAGAGGUUCUAAGAUGUGAUGUUCAGGGAUGUGAGAAACACAAGAAUCCUGGCAGCCAAUGAAGACUGAGGCAAAGAACCCAUUGGAUGCCUCACCCUUCUCCAUGUCUGUUGUAGCCAGUUCUCCUUUCCCAUCUAUCAGAGGAUCUCUUUGGUCUGUCUCUUCUGACCUACAUACCUAUAGAAUCCCUUCUUGUUGCAAUUCCAUUUGCACCUUGGCAUUCCUGAUCCCAUCUGUGCAUGUCUGGAGAGCAUCCCUGUAUUCUGCCUAGGUGACACGUCCUUGUUUCCACUGCCUAUACGUGUCCUUAUCCCUCAGCCUGACCAACACAUCCUUGCCAGGCCAUGCUGGAUUUCUGCCUUCCCUGCCCGCUUCCUUAUUCUGAGGGAUGGAGAGCUCUUGUGCUCUCAGAAGGGCAUCCUUAAGAAGUAUCCAGCUUUGCUCCACUCCUUUCUCUCUAAGGACUUCUUCCCAGGAGAUCUCAUCCAACAACUCCUUAUGUAGCCUGAAGUUGGCCCUCCUGAAUUUCAGGGUCCUAACCCCACUUUUUGCCAGGUCCGCAUUCCUCAAGACCAUGAAUUCAACCAGGGCAUGAUCACUGCAGCCCAGGCUGCCUCCCAUCUUCAUGUCUUUAAUGUUCUCCAUGUUGGUGAGCCCCAGGUCCAGCAAUGCUUCGCCUCUGGUCUAUCUGUCCAAGUUAUCAUCAAUGGAUUCCAGGAGUCUCCUGGAUUGUUUACUGCUUGCUGUGUUGUUUUCCCAUCCCUGUGGUUGAAAUCCCCCAUCAGGAUGAGAGCCUGUGAGUGUGACACUUCUUGCAGCUGAAGCAAGAAGGUUUAGGCAAUAGGUUCCCCAUGAUCAGGCAGCCUGCAGCAGACCCUGACCAUCAGCUGUCCUUUACUCAUCUGAUCUCAAAUCUUAACCCACAGGCUCUCCACCUGUUCCUGACUGUUUCUCAGAGGCAGCUCCUCAUGGUCUAUCCACUUUUUUUAACACAGAGGGCAACUUCCCCACCCCUCCUACCUCGCCUAUCCCUUUACAAAAGCUUAUAGCUCUCAAUGGUGGCAUUCCAGUGAUGUGAACCAUCCCACCAUAUUUCCCCGACAGCAAUAAGGUCACAGUUUUCCAACUGUGCCGCGGUUCCCAACUCCUCCUACUUAUUUCUUGUGCUGUGUGUGUUUGUGUAGGGGCAGUUCUCUAUAGAGGUGGGGUGUUGGCAGGGUGCUGGGUGUGGGGAGAGUGCUGCUGUCCCAUGUGGGUGCGGUGUGGGUGGUGAUGUGCAGCCCCGGCUCAUCUGUAGCAGACCUUUGCACUCUGCAGAUGGGGCCUCUCCCUGUUCUGCAGUGCCAAAGGUCCCCACGGCUCCUGGGAUGGUUUGUAGCUGAGUGCUGGGAACAGAUAAACACUUUUCCCACCCACUGGUUGCUGCUGAGUGCCCUGUGCCCAGGUUUGGGUGUCUCCCAGGGCACACAGAGCUGAGCUGGUUUCAGGCAAUGUGUCUCUCAGUGUACCUAUGCCACCCAGGGGUCUCCUUCCCCCAACCCAGUCCUGCCCGCAGGUCCCAUGUGUCCCAAUCUGCAGGAAUCACAGCAGGGCUGAGCUGGAGGCAGCUCUGUGUCCCGCUGGUCCUAUCCCUGCUUCAGCACAGGGUGCCCAGCACCAGGACCGCGUGGCUUCAAAGACCCCACAGCCCCUCUGUGCAGGCACUUAUUGACGGAUCCCCCUGAGCCCGCUCUCCUUGCCAGCUUUGGGACAUGCAGGACAUCCCCAGGCUGCCGGGUGCCCAACCAUCCCCGAGCAGAUGGGUAUCGAAUGGAGCACCCAGUGCCCAUCUGUAUGCCCAGCGCUGCCCUGGCUGCCAGCAUGGGGAUGCCACCCCCAACCCGGUCCCGGCAGUGGGAUCCCACCCGGUCUGUGCUGCUGGGGACACGUCAGGAUACAGCUGCUUCGACCCCAAAGCUGCGGUGCUGUCCUGCUCCCGAGCACGGGGGUCAGGGUCGGGCUUUCCCGAAGCGAAAGCCCCCAUGCGAAGCCCCAUGAGGCUCUCGGUCUGCAGCUCCCCCCCCCUCACCCCCGCCGGCUCUUCCAGUUCUGGCUUCGUAGGAACAGAUUGGGAACCGCUCCUGCCUGCAUUGCUGCCUGCUGCCCUCUCCUGCCCGCAGGCAGAAGUGCCGAGGGCUCCUGGCUGUGCUCUUCUCUUCCGGGAUCCUGGAUUUGUCUUUUCAAGUCCUCUGCUCUCCCUGCACGGCUGUGACACUGCUACUCACCCGCUGGGACCCAGGCUGCCACUACGCCUGGACCAGGCACCAGCACGGACCUGACAGGUGCUCCCGAGGGUCCAGGCUCUCCCCCCCAACUCUGGCGAUGAGCAUCAUUUCCAGAAGAGCAGAGGGCUCCAGCGCUGGAGUUGUCAGCCCCAGCUGCAAGAGCAGGGACAGGGCAGCAGGGCAUCGAUGUGGCUUCAGUGGCUUUUCCAGGGAGCUUGGCCUGCCAGUGUCCCUCAGCUCCUGCCCAACACCAAGCAUCUCUGAACUGCUGCCACCAGCAGAGCUGUGCUGUGCUACCUGCCCCUCCAUGGUCAGCAAGGACACUGUACACUCAGCACAGCUUGGGUGCCACUCUUCCUCCCCACUCUCCUGCCAGUUCCUGCUCGAUUCAGUCCUCCUCACUCUUCUACUGACCUUCCUCUCACAGCCGUUACCUCCAGGCACUGUGCAGGGAUUCUGUCUCCCUGUACUGCCCUGCACAUGGAACCCACAUGCCAGGCAGAAGCUGUGGUGCCUCUGUAGCAGUCCCAGCUCCCCAAGCCCAGCCCUUGUUGUCCUCACCCUUUGGUGACAUCUGUCCCAUGCACGUCCCAGAGCAUCCACAGGGCGAUGGGACUUCUGCUGGCUGACAUCUGCCCAGAUAUACCUGGAUGAGGAUGGAGAAGACUUUGCUGCUGCCCAGGCACAGCCUGUGUCCUCCAGUGUUUCAGCCUGGUCUCACAGGGACAGUUUCUCCUGCCAAUGAGGCAGAACAGGUGGCUAAUGAAUGCUCCCAGGAGGAGAGGCAGGGCUUCGAUUUCAGAGGGCUUUGUUAUCUGGGAGCUCGUAAUCCAAUCUCCCAGGCUUGGCUUCCAGAAGCAGAUCUGAUACUCAUCUGCCCCUGAAAGGCGAGCCCCUUCACAUCACACAGCCGGGCAGUCGCCAGACCCAAUGCUGCUCCCAGGACUGCCACAGCCCCCCGGGGUGGUGCUGCCCCUCUGCCACCUCCCCUGAGGACUUGGGGAGGAGAGCAUCCAGCAUGUCCCAGGCUGGUAGCAGCCCCUGUGCAGAGGACGGGGGGCCACGUGCCGAGGCACACACGCGCACCCCAAGCCGGGGCAGCCAGAAGCUUGAGUGCAUCAUCUGCUACUCCUCAUAUGACCUGUGUGGCCGGCUGCCUCGCCGACUCUACUGCGGCCAUACCUUCUGCCAGGCCUGCCUCAAACGCCUGGACGCCGUCGCCAACGAGCAGCGCUGGAUCCCCUGCCCACAGUGCCGCCAAAAUACGCCCACACCGCGCGGCGGUGUCACCAUGCUCGACCUCGACCUGGCCACUUUCCUCCUCGUCAAGGCUGACAAGGAGCAUCCCCGGGUGGCCGCACGCUCCCUGCAGGAUGUGGCCACCAAGGGCUCGUGCAAGGAGCCGCCGGUCACACAGCAGCCGCUGGGGCUGUGCCAAGACGCAGUGCCCUGGGCACCGUUCCCGAACCGUGGCUGCUGCCGGCCGUGCAUCUGCUGUGGGGUGACAGCAGCUUUUGAGACCUGAAUGUGGGGACACGAGGACAGCAGGGUUUGAUGGAGUGAAGCAAUCUGUGCUUCCAAGCUGAGCUCUUGGGGUGCUGUCUGGGUCACAUUUUGAGAAUCUCCAUGCCAUGCCCCAGACUCAUUGUGGAUGGCAAUGGUGGGGUUGUUCUGGUAGUCUAGGAAGGGCUCCAGCUUGUCCACGGGCUUUUUCCCAUUCUGCUGGGAUUUGGGCUGCAACAGGGGGGGAUGAGAGUGCUCCCAUCCUUCACCCUGCUGACUGACCCCUCCAGCAGCUCCAAACCUGCUCCAGCCAUCACAGAUGCUCCCAGGACCUAACAGCACAGCUUCUCCGUGCACGCAGCUCUGCAGUGGGGACACCUUCACCAGGACAGGUGGCACAGGAGCCUGACACAGCACACUGACUCAGGGAUGCUCCAGGGAGUGUGCCACACUCUGGAGGUCCCACAUCCAUUAAACAUCUCCUGAGCUGCACACAUUGGUUGCAUUUGUUGUUCAUCCU